AUUCUCUCCAUUUACUAUUAGUAUGACUCUCUCUCUCUUGCUAUGCUAUGGUCCACUAGUCCCCAUUUGCUUUUUCCGUUUCUUUUUCUUGUCUCUUUUGCCUUUCCCCUUCUCCUUUUCCAUUCACACACCACACUCUCCAAACCCACUGUUUCAGUUUCUGCUAACACCCCUCUCUCAGUGCCCCCAUUUCUUCAAGCUCAAUGUGUUAGGGUUUCCCUCCUUUUCUCAGAGCUUGCAUUUCCCAGCUACACAAGAAGAACCCUCUCUGGGUGCUUCAUUACGCUCCAGGAUCAAUGGCAAAGCUCCAUUUUGCGUUGAGUUUCACACUUUUGCUUCUACUCUGCAAUGCCUCAGCUGCACCAUCCACUACUUUACCCGCCAAGAUUGUUAGUGGGUUUCUCUCAAAUGCCGUGCCUGCAUUCACCAAAUGGGUGUGGUCACUCAAAGCACCCACCAAAACCGCGAUUGGUGCGAAGUCGAUGAUGAAGUUCGAGAGUGGGUACACUGUGGAAACCGUGUUUGAUGGAAGCAAGCUUGGAAUUGAGCCUUAUGCAGUUGAGGUGUUGCCUAAUGGGGAGCUUCUCAUUCUGGAUUCGGCUAAUAGUAACAUUUAUAGGAUUUCGUCCUCGCUUUCUUUGAAUAGCAGACCGAAGCUGGUGGCAGGAUCUGCUGAAGGAUAUUCUGGACAUGUUGAUGGAAGGUUUAGGGAGGCGAGGAUGAAUCACCCCAAAGGGAUAACGGUUGAUAACCGAGGAAAUAUCUAUGUUGCAGAUAUAAUGAACAUGGCAAUUAGGAAAAUUAGUGAUUCAGGGGUGACAACAAUUGCUGGAGGAAAAUGGAGCCGGGGAGGGGGUCAUGUUGAUGGUCCAAGUGAAGAAGCUAAAUUUUCUAAUGAUUUUGAUGUUGUUUAUGUUGGAAGUAGUUGCUCCCUACUUGUCAUUGAUAGGGGGAACCAAGCCAUCAGGGAGAUCCAACUACACUUUGAUGAUUGUGCUUAUCAAUACGAAAAUGGAUUUCCACUUGGAAUUGCAGUGCUCAUUGGUGCUGGCUUCUUUGGUUAUAUGCUUGCAUUAUUACAGCGUAGACUUGGUACAAUUGUGGCAUCUCAGGAUGCUGAGGGUGCAGCUAUGUCUGGCAUUUCACCAAGUCCAUAUCAAAAACCCUUGAAUUCUGCCAGACCUCCUUUAAUUCCAUCAGAAGAUGAAUCGGAUAAGCAAGAAGAAAGUUUCUUUGGAUCCAUUGGGAAGCUUCUUACUAAUGCUGGGGCAUCAGUAGUGGAAAUAAUGGGAGCCUUAUUUCCUGGUUUCAGAAAAAACCCACCACAGAGCUAUGAAUUUCAAAGCCCACCACUGUUCCAGCAACCUCAAAAGCAAGUAAAUGCUUGGCCUGUGCAAGAAAGCUUUGUGAUUCCAGAUGAAGAUGAGCCUCCUUCAAUUGACCCUAGAACACCAACACCACGGAAAACGUAUGCUUUCAUGUCGAAGGAUGCAGAAAAGAUGCAACAACUUUGGCAAAGUCGCGCAUUCUAUAGUGGAUGGGACGGAGAUCUUCAGCAGCAGCAACAACUAAAACACCAACAGCAACAGCAGCAACAACAACUAAAACAUCAUCGCCAUCAGUACCAUUCAUCAGUCCCUCACACUUACUAUGAGCAAAGCCAUGAGGAAACCAAUGAGAUAGUAUUUGGGGCAGUGCAAGAGCAGGAUGGGAAGAAGGGCACUGUGGUUAUUAAGCCUGUGGAUUAUGGUCAAUCUGUCUAUGAUCAUCACUAUAUUCGACCUCGAAUCAGUUCUAUGGGUCAUAUCAACAAGUACUAAGUAUAUACAACCACAAAGACUAGGAUUUAUGAAUCCCCAAUCCAGCUUUAAUUAGAGAGGGGAGGAUGAAAUGAAGUACAGGAAGUAUAAUUAAUUAUUACUUUUAAAAAGUGUUAUCCUUAUAAGGAAAAGCUGGUCAUCCGAAUUGUUCAAUCAGUUUUGCCAAAUUGUAGGUCACUCUGGCCACAUUUGAGGGUAAGAUUAAGAAAUUUUGGCAUGCUAUUUCUUAUUGUGAUGGUGUUUAAUGCCCAGCAGAAGUUCUCUGCCAUAAAAUAUAAGAAAUAUUAUAUGUAAUAUAUAUACUCCACUCUUUUUGUCCUUGUUCCGCUGAAAAGUUCUGACUCGUCUAGAGUUCUUCUUCUAGAAGUAUAAACACCGUUUGAUAA